AUGCCCAUGUCAUUAGAGGCACCAGUCCUCCAGGUGGACGCAAAUGUGAUUCACAAGGUCGACACAACAAACCCUGCAAACCUUUUUAGCAUGUGGACUGUCUUUGCAAGGUGUCGUGACUCAGUCGCUCAAGGGCGGCGGCUUGAGAAUCUGAGCUGGCGCUUGUGGAACAGGGAAACAUUUUGCUGCGAAGGCGAGGAGCUGCUUAUUUCCUCUUGCGCUACCAGCCAACCGCGGGAUAUCCAAUAUCCGCGUGAGACGGCCGUGGAGGACCUCCCGCAACUUUCUGGCAGCGUUGAUUCAGUCGCCGACGAGGAGGCGGUCGAUAUGAGCACAGACACCACACCGGUCGACAUUGUACGACCGAGGAUACAGAGGCAGGAUUCGUGUGCUAGCAGCCGGAGUCGUGGACGGGAACGCCAUAUCACUUCGGAUGAGCUGGAGAAGAUGGUUGUCUCUAUCAUGGAGGCCAAACAGCCACUCAAUGCCCCCCUUCCCAGCAUCCCACGCUCCCCAUCCAGUGAGAGCAGCGUGGUCGAGCCAGAACAAUCAGGAUCGGCCACUUCAGAGUCGCCAUGCGAAACCUCGGAGGAUGCCUUGACCGAUUUGCCCCCCUCGCAACAAACCCCGGAGCCAGAGCAGGAGGCGCAACCCCGUACUAUCGUUACCCGUGGUUUCUCGCCAUCCCCGAUCCCCGUGAGCCAAAUGGCGUUGGCGGCAUCCAAGGUUCCGUCGCCAUGCGCCAUCCCUGAGCCCACUGGUUCACCGGCGCCGAAGGUCAUUCUCCCGAAGAAGCAGCAAGCAAAGUUUGCGCUUGGUGGCUCCUCGGGAUCAGACGAAGAGUCCUUUAAGGACCGUGAUCUGGAGACGAGAAAGCUUGCCGUCCGGCCCGGAAACAAGAUGUUCCAGCUCGGAGGCUCUUCCGGAGACGACUCUCCUCAGUCCGCGUCGCAAUUGCAAAGGGCCGUCGCAACGAGCAAUGGGCAAAAGAAGACGGCUUCGUUCAACAACCAAGUCGUCACACAGACUUUCACGUCCUCUGCCAUUAGCGAUACCGAGGACGACUACCUGGACGAGAGCGCCAUUGACGACGACGAUGAAGAUUGGGAGGAGGAGGAGGCCGAGGAGACGGGCAGCUCGAUGGGCGAGGACAAGAUCCACUUCAGACGCGUCGAUUCGUCUGCAAACCUCCCAUCCCGGCGGUCGCUCAUCACCCUCAUGCUCGCGCAUAACGACCGGACUCAAAGGCUCGGCAAUGUGGCGUCGCAGUCGACCUCGGCCCUUCCUCGCACCAGGGCAUCUCUCAAUGGCCCGUCUUUGGUUGCCUCCCCGAACGACUCGGAUGAGGCCCCGUUGAUGAUGAAGAGGGGCACCGCGCGCGCCCCGCCGAUGCGCCCCAUCAACGAAGUUCCUCGUUCCGCCGCACAGCCCAUCAACGUCAAUGCUUCAGGCAUGCAACACCACGCAGCCCUCUCGCCGCGCACCACCCGGCGCAACAUGCUCUCGACCGAGCUGACCGAGUCCCUGCGAAGGGGUCUUCUUCGCGAGCGGUCCCAGAAGGCCUCGACGGCCAAUGCAGUCCUCAAGCGCCGGCACACGUCGACCGAUGUUGCGAACCUGAAACAGUAUCCCGAGAAGCCCUUCAUGAAGAAGGAAAAGGACGUGGAUACCGACCCAACCAGCUGGGAUAAAUACUUCCAGAACCCUUUUGCAGGAUAUGCGCAAGCCUGGUAA